AUGAGUUCCAAUCCACUUGAAGUCAUUGACGUAUCGCUAGAGGACGCAGCGACGGCGUCUCAGCUCGUGCAAGCAGCCUCUUCGCAAGGGUUUCUCUUUGUCAAAGGCCACGGCUUUAACGCUGAAGAGGUAGCAGCUUUGUUUGAUGUGUCCAAGCAAUUCUUUGCUCAAGAAAGAGAGCAAAAGGACAAGUUGGCGAUGGAUAAGUCCAACUUUGGUUAUCAAUACGGGGUGGAAUCAUUAGCGCUGAACGCGACGCCAGACCCAAAGGAAACGCUUAACAUGGACCCAUUGAACAUUCCCGAUAUUGAGGGGAAGCACAAAUUGGAGUCUGCAGUCACCAAGCUUCAGGAUCUAGCUAUGACUAUUCAUCGGGCCUUCGCUGUGGGACUAGAAAUUGAUGAAUCUGCCGGUGGAGCCGCCUAUUUUGACUCAAAGUACGCCAAGGACAAACCUCUGGGUCUGGUGUUUCGGUUCCUUCAUUACCCUGGCCAACAACUGUUAAAUCCUAGCGAACAGAUUCGUGCUGGAGCUCAUACAGACUAUGGGUCAAUUACACUUUUGUUUCAACAAAAGAACCAAGAAGGGUUGGAAAUCUACAGUCCCGUGUCUAAGAAAUGGCAAGCGGUGCCAUUUAUUGAUGCCGAUAACGACGAUGAAGCUCCACCAAUUAUUGUAAACGUUGGCGACCAACUAUCGUACUGGACGGCAGGGUACUUACGACUGACUAUCCAUCGUGUUAAGUUCCCCGAAUCUGUGCAGAGAACCGGUCAGGACCGGUACUCGAUUGUCUACUUCUGUCAUCCCGAUGACGACACUCUUCUUGAACCAAUCCCUAGUCGUGUGAUUGAGGCCCGAGGUAACACACGGGGAGCAAAUAGUGCCAAGGAGACGUUGACGGCGAAGCAACACCUUUUGAACCGGCUUUCAGCCACGUACGGUUGGCAAUACUAG